AUGGGCCUCCGGGAGUCGCCGUACUCCAGCAGCAUCCUGGGGGGCCUGGACACCAUCGCGAGGGCCCUGCUGUUCCCCGGCUACUGGCUGACCAACGAGGUGCUAGCCCUGCAGCGGACCACGGCGGAGCAGCCCGGCUGCGCGCCCCACGCCCUGGAAGUGGCGGUCCGGGGGCCGCUGCUGCUGCUGCUGCUGCUGUUCUACAGCCCCAUCUCGCUGUUGGCCUUCCUGCUCUGGCUGCCCCUGCAGGGUGCCCGGCGCCCCUUCGCCUACCAGCACACACCCGGCCGAGCUUCUCCCGAGUUGUGGGCACUGCCCGGCCCGGCCAGGACCCUCAGCCUCCUCAGCGGGAAUGUCUGCCUGCUCCCUGAGGGGCUGGCCAAGUUCAGCAACCUCUGGCGGACCCAGUGGCGGGCCAGGCACCUCGGCCAGAUUCUGGCGCAGGCGGCACAGUGCUCCACCCCCUAUGCCCCUGCUGGGGCCCCCAAUGGGCUGCUGGGCCCCCCUGCCGGUGUCCUGAACCACCCCGCAGGUGAUUCUGUGGUAACCAUGGAGCUGCCCCUCAUGGAGGAGGUGGGGGCCCUGGCAGCAGAGGCCAACGGGCUCCGGGAGAUCUCCAUCUGCUUCCCUCCGAAUAUGGACAUUGUGUGCCUGCAGGAGGUCUUUGACCCCCGGGCCUCUGCCCACCUGUGCCGGUUCCUCGGGCCCCAAUAUGAACACAUCGUCUAUGACGUGGGCACCUACGGCCUGCAUGCCGGCCCUGCUCUGAAGCUGCUGAACAGCGGGCUCUUCCUGGCCAGCCGCUACCCCCUCUUGGCCGUGGAGUUCCACUGCUACUCCAACGCCAGCGGCGAGGAUGCCUUGGCUGCGAAGGGCCUGCUGUGCGCGCAGGUGCAGCUGGGAGCUUGCCAAGGGCGAAGGGUCAUUGGAUACCUGAACUGCACCCACCUGCAGGCCCCCGAAGCCGACGGGCCCAUCCGGUGCCAGCAGCUGAGCCUCUGCCUGCUCUGGAUGCAGCUCUUCCAGGACAGCCACGCCCAGCCGGGGGACGUGGUAGCCUUCGACCUCUUCUGUGGGGACCUCAAUUUCGACACCUGCUCUCCAGGUGACGGGAUGGAACAAGGCCACGAGAUCUUCAAUCGGUACACGGACCCCUGUCGCAUCGGGCCUCGCAAGGACCAUCCUUGGGCCAUCGGGACGCUGAUGAACACGCUGCGCAUCUACGAUGAGGCUGUGGCCACCCCAGGGAACCUGAGGAGGACUCUGGAGAAUCCGGAGGAGCGCAGGAAGUACCUGGCAGGCCCCCUCCAGGCCGAUGGCAGCGCCAACCUCUCGACAACCGGGCACGAAGGGAGGCGCAUUGACUAUACUCUUUACCGGCAACAUGCGGGCCCGGUGCCCUUGAAGACCACGCUGGAGAAAGUCUCCUUUUUCACCCAGCUGGCCACCUGCUCGGACCACUUGCCUGUCGGACUGCAACUCCUGGUGUCCUCGGAGGUGGAACCGGAAGAGUGA